UUGAGGAGAAUCUGCCAACAGGAAUACGGACAUUCUGCAAAAGAUGGAAGAUUUACAACCCAUAUUAGCCGCUGAACAAUCGAAGUUCUGUGUGGAAAUGUUGAAGCGCCUCAACCUUCAGCGAAACCAAGAUCAUUUGUGCGACAUUAUUUUGGUAUCGAAAGACAACAGCGAGUUUAAGGCUCACAGAAACGUACUUUCCGCCGUAAGUCCGUUCUUUUGCAAGCUUCUACAGAGCGACAUGAAAGAGAAUCGAGAAGGGAUUAUUCGAUUCGACGAGAUUUCAGGAUCUAUUAUGAAAGAUGUUCUGGAAUUCAUCUACACUGGAACUGUGAAAGUAACUCAGGAGAAUGCCAAGGAACUAAUCGCUGCAGGGAAUUAUCUGAUCAUACCGAGCUUGAAAACUAUUUCGGGGCGAUUUCUAGAAGGAGAAAUGUCCAAAUCAAAUUGCAUCUCGACCUUCUAUUUCGCUGAGAAAUACGACUGUGUCGAGCUUGUUUGCAAAAGCAGGAAAUUCGUCCACGAAAAUUUCGCCUCCGUAGGAGAAAUGGAUGAAUUCCUGUGCUUGGAGGGCAAGGAAGUGGCGAGGUGGAUUUCAAGUGACGAGAUUGCUGUGGAAGCGGAAGUCAGCGUCUUCAAGAUCAUACUGAAGUGGGUUGAACACAAUAAGAGCGAGCGAAAAGCAGCAUUUGAGGAAUUGUUUCGUCACGUUAGACUGAGUUUUCUGUCGCGUGACUGUUUGGAGGAUGUCGUGACAAACGAACUAGUGUGUGAGAAUUUUGCCUGUGUGAAGCUUGUCCUAGAUGCUACCAUAAAGAUGGCUACUUUUGCGAGUGAAGAUGAUCUUUCGCAGUCACCAAGAAAAGGUCUGGAAACACGUGUUAUCCUAGCAUGUGGUGGCAAUUACACUUUUUGUUAUCUCCCAGAAAAAAACCAGUGGAAACGGCUGCCGGAUGGGUCAACCGAGAGAAACCAGAAAACACAAAUGCUAACAUUUCGUGAUCAGCUGUACACAUUCAACGAGUUCAGCAAGGCAGAAAGGUAUGAUCCUGUGUUUAAUACCUGGUCAAAGUCGGAUCUGAUGGACGUAUCAGCAGAUAACGCCAUCGUGACCGUUGUCAAAGGGGAUAUGUACGCCAUUGAAGUUAACAAACCCGUCGGAAAGUCUACUAUCAAGAGAUACAGUGCGGAGCUUUGUACAUGGCAAAUAGUCGUGGAAUCUCCCCAAGGCUGUAGGAACGGGUCAUGUGUUACCGCGGGUGGAAACUAUCUGUAUAUUUUAGGUGGAUCGACCCCUGGCAGUGCUAGUUACGUCACUAAAGCUGAGAGAUUCAACAUUGCGGAAAAUCAAUGGGAAGAAAUCGCUGACAUGCAGCAAGGAAGAGGUGGGGCCUUUGGAGACGCUUCUGGAGGAAAGAUUUUUGUUGCUGGAGGCUUAAACGAAAAGAAUAGGGUGUCAAGAAGAUGCGAGAUGUACAAUGUUUCUACAAACGAAUGGCACUUCAUUGGAAGCUUAAACACUUGUCGUGUGUAUGGCAGCAUGGUGUGUCUGAAUGGUACAUUCUACGUACUGGGUGGAACCAAGAAUAACAGAGAUAGAUUACUGUCAGUUGAAUGUUACGACUCUACAAAAGACAAGUGGAUCGAGAAGACAUCCAUACCAGUGGAAAGGUGGCCAUCAGGAAAUAAUAACACAUUCACGGGAUGUAUAAUAAAGCUCUCUAAGGGAGUAGUGAAGAAACCUGACUUCGUCAAUGUAGAGGUCUUCGGCAGCAACACGGGCAGCGGCUGUACCUUAAGACUCCCCAGAAGUAUCCCCAGAAGAGGCUCCAUUACAUUUGUCGUACCUGCUACGCCUCCUGUUGUUGAAUUUGAGUUGUCUGAGGAUGAUGAGUUUUCUGAGGAUGGUGCCUGAUUGAAUGAGUUAGCUUCAAUAAUCCUUUGAUUUAAUUCAAGGAGACAGUUUUUAGUUUUCCUCACGAGUGUUCAACUUAUUAGUUAGUGGACAAUGGACAAAACGAAAGGACACUAAUAAAAUAAAUGGGAGAAAAUCGCUGACCUAUGAGAAGAGGCAAUGCUUUUGCAGUGGCCAUGCAUGAAAAAAUCUUUGUAGCUGGUGGAUCGCAUCAUGUAGAGAGAGACAGUGAGCGUUGCAAACUUGUGAGGUGUAUGAUAUCUCAACAAAUGAAUGGUACCUCACCGGAAGCUUGAUUGUUUCUCGCAAGGGCGGAAGUAUGGUUUGUCCAAACGAAAAAUUGUUCGUGUUGGGUGGAAGGAAUGACCGUAACGAGGCCGAACGGAUGAGUGAAUGCUUUGAUCCUGAGGAGGGCAAAUGGAUCCACAUGACAAUCAUACCAGUGGAAAGGAUUGCCAGAGGUUAUAACGAUACAUUUACUGGCUGCUUACUGAAGCUUUCCAAGGGAGUGCUGGACAAACUUAAAGUUAUCGGAAAGUAGUCUCUAAGCCACUUAAUUUGCAGAAAAGUUGUCAAGAGGCACAUUAGGCUAUAUUGACUGUAGUAUUUGUUACUCAAAGUAGUGGACACAAAUUCAGUAUAAAACCACCAUGUUGCAUUUUGCUCUCGUCGACGUAAUUAGAAGGUCCCGGAUCUAGUCACUAAUACCACAUUGACAACAACACACUGUGAAACUGCUAGGCUUAGCUCACUACCCUCAUCAUUGGUUGCUAACCUGAAGAAGACACUAUCAACCUUCUAUUACACAAGUGUUAGAUAAAAGAUGAAUCUUUCGAAUUCAACAAAAACAUGACCAACCUAUAAUUCUGCCAAGUCUUUGAUUUAUACCAAGUUUCACUGGAAUCGAUUAAAUAUCUUGAAAAAUUAUGCCAAAACAGUUUUCUCUAAUUUGGGGUUAGCCACCAUCUUAAUUAAGCCCUAUAAAACUUCUCUAAGAAAAAUUUUUGGAUGAACAAUUCCAGCAGCUCUUGCGCUUAUGGGUGGAGUUACACCCAUUAUUUCCGCUAGUCACGGAAUAGUAUUGCAUUACUUUCGAUUCUUUCCAAAUCUUCCCCUAUGAAACUUACCUAAAAGACUGGGGAAAUAGCACCCUCUGAAUGAAAAUGCCUUAAUUUUUAAAAAUUUUGGGCUUCCUGAACGGAUCUUAUUCUACGGAU